ACUAAUUGUAAAAAAAUGAAGAAGCAUCUAUUAGAUGGUCUUUAAAGUGCCAGAGAGAUAUAUCCCAUCAAAAAUGAGCAAAACGACUAGGUAUUUUUGACAUUGGUGGACAGUUUCCCAGAAACCUUGAAAAAUAACAUGAGAGGCUAAGUGAGGAUAACAAGAAACCAGCUGCAGAAGACAAUCUAAGCAGCGCGUGGGGAUAAAGACUCAACUUGAUUCAUGGAAAACCCAAGCUCAUCUAAAAUUAGCAUCUUCUCCAUGAGGUCUGCAGCUCGGUGCUCUGUGUACAACACGGGAUGAAAAGUGAGCGAAGCAAAAGAGUCAUUCUUUAUCCUGACCACAGUGUUACUGUCAUAGGACAAGAGGGUUUUCCCACUUGGAAAAAUCUGCUUCCUCCUAUCUCCAAGUCCACACAUAUUUACAGUUUCCCGUUAGAGCUGGAAGAGAAAGAACACUCACAGCAAACUCAUCACAAGGCAGUUUCCAGUGGUAGCAAUGGGUGUACUAAAGUGGGUGGAUUGGACAGUGUCAGAACCACGCUAUUUUCAGCUCCAGACUGAUCAUCCACCAGUACAUUUGGCUUUACUAGAUGAGAUUAGCACCUGCCACCAGCUCCUCCAUCCCCAAAUCCUGCAAUUGUUGGUUAAAUUAUUUGAGACAGAGCACUCCCAGCUGGAUGUAAUGGAACAGCUUGAACUGAAGAAAACCCUGCUGGACAGAAUGGUUCAUCUGCUGAGUCGAGGUUUUGUAUUGCCCAUCGUCAGUUACAUCCGAAAGUGUUUGGAGAAGUUGGACACUGACAUCUCCCUCAUUCGCUAUUUUAUUACUGAGGUCUUGGAUGUGAUUGCUCCUCCCUACACUUCUGACUUUGUGCAGCUCUUUCUUCCUAUUCUAGAGAAUAACAGUAUUGCAGGUGCUAUUAAAACAGAAGGAGAACAUGACCCUGUGACAGAGUUCAUAGAUAAGCCCACUGAAAGUCUAACUUCAUUAUGGUAAACUGAAUCGGAGUCUGCUGCUGAAUCCAAGGUUCCAACAAGACAUUUCUAGGUGGAACUCAAGAAGUCGUGAGGACUGUGGCCUGAACUUCUGGUGGAAAGACUUUUUACUGACCCUAUGGGUUAUUUUAAAUGUGUGGAAUAUCCAUCUAAAGAGUUAUCAAAUAAAAUUUGGAAGG